UUAUAGACAAUAUCUAUGAUACACGCCCUAGUUGCGUAGUUGGGCUCUCUUGUCCGCCCUUCAUCUACUGCCUUCGCUAGGGACUAUUUGGAGGGAGGCUUGGAUCGAUCGUAAGUGCCAUAGGGCGGGAACACUGGAACGCAAUUAGCUUCCACAUCUUUUGACUGUUAUUGAAUUUACAUGCCCAGUCGUUCUUCAGUCAUCACCGGUGGCCGGUAGGAACUGUCAGGUUGAGACAACGGCUUCAUUUUGUUUCCCCGAAGCUGAGAGGAGGUCCUGGUUCUUGCCGCGGCAUCUCUGUUGAUUUGAUAAACGGGGAUCGAUCGCGGAUAAGCUAUUAGUAGGAACCUCCUGGGACUCAGCCUCGUUGGCGAGGAGGAGGAGAAGAGGGAUCGUGGCGGAGGAUUGUCCAUACGUUAAACUCAGAAGGACAACCGUUGUCUCCUGCUCGCUAGGUGUGUUAGAAGCAAGCUGUAGGAAGGACUGACGGCUGAUGGCUGCAAAUGGCAAGAACCUGGUAGCGAUGGAAGGGGGGAAGACCGAGCUCGAUGGGUCAGCCAAGGGAUCCAGGGCACGGGCACCCCCCGGAAGCAUUGUGAAUGACCAAGUCAUCGGAGCGGGCGAGCCCGAGCCGCUUGGAUUGUGCGGAUACGUCUUGGUGCUCCUCGCCUACAUCAUGGCCAUCGCCACCUUCCCCAUUUCACUCUGUUUCUGCAUCAAGGUUGUCCAGGAAUAUGAGCGAGCUGUGAUAUUCCGACUUGGCCAGCUGGUUCCAGGGGGAGCCAAAGGGCCUGGGCUGAUCUUUAUGCUUCCCUGUGUGGAGACGCAUCGCAACGUGGACAUGCGGACAGUAACAUUUGAUGUACCCCCUCAGGAGAUUCUGUCGAAAGAUAGCGUAACCGUAGCCGUGGACGCCGUUGUAUACUACCGUGUUCAGAACGCAACUAUCUCCGUCACCAAUGUGGAGAAUGCUCAGCGAUCGACUCGUCUCCUGGCGGCCACUACACUACGUAACGUUCUGGGUACAAAGACAUUGGGUGAGAUUCUGACCGAGAGAGAGAACAUCAGUCACCAAAUGCAGACAGCCUUGGAUGAAGCUACUGAUGCCUGGGGUGUGAAGGUGGAGCGAGUGGAGGUUAAAGACGUGCGCCUUCCUGUGCAACUUCAGCGCGCAAUGGCUGCGGAAGCGGAAGCAACUCGUGAAGCCAGAGCAAAGGUCAUCGCUGCCGAAGGAGAGAAGAACGCAUCGAGAGCCCUGAAGGAAGCUUCGGAGGUGAUCUCCGAGUCUCCCGCCGCUCUCCAGCUCCGGUACCUCCAGACCCUGAACGCCAUCUCCGCCGAGAAGAACUCCACCAUCAUCUUCCCUCUCCCCGUGGACCUACUGAGAGGCAUUCUCCCGUUUGGGUCUAACGGGAACCACCACAUGAAUGCUGGUCAGAACCCGGGAUCUCACGCUGACACCCCACCAGGCGUCUAGAGUCCACACAAAACAACGGAGAUUGGAGAAAAUGAUAUUCCUGAAUAACAUGUGGCGUAGCAAGUUGGGGAUUGGUUGUCGCUAAUUAUCUUUCAAAAUCAUUUCUUGUAGGUUAAAUCGAAGAUAAAGUUUCAGCCAUAUUUGUUGUACAACAUUGUUUUAGAUUUCAAGUCAAAUUCAGUUACACCUCUGUAUUUUCCGACAAUUCCUAAAUCUACCCCAAAUCAUCUGGGAGUUUGAACAUAUGGCUGUAAUUCAUAGUUAUGUUCACUACAUUUUCACGUUCAGAUUUCUUUUGCUGAUAAGCAUAAGUAUUUAGUAACGACGUACCAUGUUGCAAUUUUAAUUAAUGGGCUUUAUGAUUUUAAAAUAACAAAGCUAAUUACUUUUUAAAAACAUAUUCCUCAAAGUACUGCAAAUCUUAUUUCAACAUGUGUUUAACAUCUUAAUGCGACAUCAACCUUUAUCCCAUUUACGACCAUUUGGCUACGUCACGGAAGAACUGACGUCACAGAUAGUCUUGUAAAAGAGAAGCACGCGGGAGGAAAAGGAGGAAGAGAGACACGAUAAGACAAACGAUUCCGUAUGGUGAGAUCUACAUUUCAAACUCUACUGUAAUAUCUUAUGCUAGUAACACAAAUUGGCGGGAUCUUAGUUCAUUCCCGUAACAAUAAUGCCUGUCAUGUGUGCUGGUGAGAAAUAUACAUAUAAUGAAUAAUACCAAGACAAAUAACUUUAUAAUUAUAUCUCUAAUAAAUGUUUGCACAUAUUGCUCAAGGGUGUGGCUAUAUGUGUGUUUUUUAACUCGUUAGAUGAAAUCAUAUUGUUCAUAUAUGGUAAAUGUAGCUCAACAUACAUGUAUGUCAGUAAUAGACUGUUUCCGGCUUUUUGUAUCUAUUGUAUAGUAUUGUAAUUGAAUCAUUAUAACUGUUUUGGGGGGCUAUUUACAUUAUUGUCACCUUUAUAGUGAACGUUAACAGUGUUAAGUUUUAUUUAGUACAUAAAAUUCAUUGCACCAUGCAGUUGAAGGGCAUUCACAAAGACAGAGACGCUGGUCCGAAAAUAUAUGUUGUAUAUAUAGAUAUGGGUAUAUAUUGCUUCAUGAAAUUACAUUGACAUUGUGCUUGUGUCAAUUGCAUGAACAUACAUUGUAUACACAUUUAUAUGGUAACCAACAAACCAAUUAUAAUGUGCAAAUGAAUUUUCUCAUUGAAAGAAUAAAGUUACCGAAUGCAAAUGAUGAGUAAAACAAAGGGUUUGGAAAAUGCAACGCCUGUUGUAGAGUAUACAUUGUAACACGUUUUAGCACAAAUAACAUCGAGAUAGCGUAGAGGAUUUUUUGUAAUAAACCUUCCGAGUGUCCGUAGUAUUAAAGGUGAAAUGUUGUGCGCACAGAAUUGAAAAAGUUUAUGCUUAAUGUUUUUAUAUGCUAUCAUAACAUUGUAACGAAAUGAGAUGUUCUAUGACACAAUUUCACCGGUAUAACUAGUUUAUUGAUACACAUCAUCUAUAUAGCAGUAUGAACACUGCAGAAUUUCUACUACAUGUGUACUUUAUGAAUAUCAUUACCAAUACUAAAAGCGUACGUGUUAUUUAUAUAGCAUAAUCCUGAGUACUAAAAUGAUGUACACAUUACAUCAGAAACUGCGGCACACAAAGAUUUGAGGUCUUCUUUCAUAAGCUACAAUGUGUCUUAUGAUACUGUUUAGAGUCUUGCUUAUAAGCGCUCUAGAAACAUUGUACAUUUCAAGCAAUCCGCUAGGGGGCAGCACUUAAAUGUAGAGGUAUUAAAUCACAUCUGUUAAGAGAAUACACUGCAUGAGGCAUGCCUCACAUACGAUAUUGUAAUCGAAUACACAAGUGGUUUGCUACAUGGGCAAGAAAUAAAACGAUUACUUUGGACCUUUGUUGUCUGUCCUAUAA